GCGGCGGGGGCCUGGAAGCGACUCAGAGCUAACACUGCAGCCCCCCGGGCCGUCCCCCGCUGCCCCCCGGGCCAAUCCCUGCCCCUCGCUCAGCCUGUCUCCGCGCCCCUCUUCUGCCUCUCGCACCCGCAACCCGCCCCGGGUGCGCUUGUAGGAGCUUCUCUUGCGUCUCGCUGGUGGCCGGGAGACAUGAUGGGACAGGGCUGGGAGCACCGCGGGGACUGCCCGCGGUGCGCUGGUGCCAGCAGGGGAUACCUUCUCCUUACACUGUUUUGGUACUUUUAGGCUGACAGAGUCGGGCCUUUCUAUGGUUGACUGGCACCUGGUGAAAGAAAUGAAACCCCCAAGAACGCAGCAGGAGUGGGAAGCUGAGUUCCAGAAAUACCAGCAGUUCCCGGAGUUUAAAAUCCUGAAUCAUGACAUGACACUGACAGAGUUCAAGUUCAUUUGGUACAUGGAGUACUCGCACCGUAUGUGGGGCCGCGUGGUGGGUCUGGCCUACAUCCUGCCCGCCACCUACUUCUGGCGGAAGGGCUGGCUCAGCCGCCCCAUGAAGGGCUGUGUUCUGGCACUCUGCGGGCUGGUCUGCUUCCAGGGACUGUUGGGAUGGUACAUGGUGAAGAGCGGGCUGGAAGAGAAGCCAGACUCCUAUGACAUCCCUCGGGUCAGUCAGUACCGCCUCGCAGCGCAUCUGGGCUCUGCACUGGUGCUGUUCUCUGCCAGCCUGUGGACAGGGCUGUCUCUGCUGCUCCCGCGACACAAGUUACCUGAAACACAUCAGCUCCUCCGCCUGAGGCAAUAUGCUCAUGGCACCACAGCUCUCAUCUUUCUUACUGCUCUUUCAGGUGCCUUUGUGGCAGGACUGGAUGCUGGCCUUGUGUACAACUCCUUCCCCAAAAUGGGGGAGCACUGGAUCCCAGAUGAUCUCCUCUCCUUCUCUCCCGUGCUGAGAAACAUCUUUGAGAAUCCUACAACUGUACAGUUUGAUCACAGGAUCUUGGGAAUCACCUCAGUCACAGCAGUCACAGCACUGUACCUCUUCUCAAGGAAGAUCCCACUCCCUCGCAGGACCAGGAUGGCAGUGACUUCCUUAUUGGCUGUGGCUUACACGCAGGUGGGCCUGGGCAUCAGCACCCUGCUGCUGUAUGUCCCCACGCCUCUGGCUGCAACGCACCAGUCGGGCUCCCUGGCACUGCUCAGUGUGGCACUCUGGCUUAUGAGCGAGCUCCGGCGGGUCCCCAAGUGAGGGCCGGGACGAGAGCCUUCCCCGGGCGGCCGCGCCGCCAGGCCCCGAGGCGGCAGAGAGCACCCCCGCCACCCCGGGAUGCACAAGAAGCUGUGCGUCCAGCCGGGCUGGGAGCAGGCGGCGGCUGUGAGCGCGAACGGUGUAACAUAAAGGACUUCUUCCGGA